CUCCGUACCUUGAUGAAGCAUUGGGCGACUAAGUGACGGUCGACUUAAACCUGAAAUUAUAUAUCCCAAAUUGACUCUUUCUAGUAAAUUUAACAUUAUUAUAUCGCCCCAAAUUAUACAAUGCCGUACCCUUUCGUCCUCUCGACGACUUCCUCCUUCUCCUUCUCGUCGAGCUUCAUCUGCGAGUCGCACCCCUCGCUACCCCUCCAAGCAAGCACCCACCGAGGCGUUGUUCGAGACACGCUCAAGAAACACAAGCGCCUCCCGCCAGCUUCCCAGGCGCCUUCCCUCUCCGCCGUCACCUCGACCCUCCAAACCUAUCUCCCCUACCUCUUCGCUCUCAACGCCUCCCUUUCUGGCAAACCCACACAUCCCGACGAACCCUCCGUCACCCUCAAAGCCGCCCCCCAAAUAGAAUGGCGCCCGACCCUCUCCAGCAACCUCCUCCCCGGCCGCGAGCCCCCGCGCAUAAAAAUCGACUCCCUUGAGCACGAGCUCCUCUUCGCCCUCUCCACCCUCGCCAACGCCCACACCCUCCAAGCCCGCGCGGCCCUGCAGCCCCUCUACCAAACCACCACCGCGCCCGUCGGCACCGUCCAGCGCCAAACCGCCAUCACCGCCGCAACACGCCACCUGCUCGACGCGGCCUCGAUAUACGACCACCUCUCCACGCGCACCGAAUCCCCCGCCGCCGCCUCCCAACCCAGCCCAUGCGCCGACAUCUCGCCACCCGCUCUACGCGCACAACGCGCCCUAGCCCUCGCGGAAGCAACCCUACUGGCCGUGCUCAAGGACGACCCCUACCCGGCAGCCGUCGCGCAGACGCGCAACCCGCACGACACGGAGUGGAUGUACAAGUCGCCCGACAUCCCAAAAGUGCGCGCCCACCUGUUCGCGCGCCUGUGCCUGGCCGCGGCCGAGCACGCCGCGCAGGCCGCCGCGGGGCUGGCGGGCUCGGGGAGGGUGAAUGAGGGGUUCAUGCGGUAUGUGGAGGAUCUGCGCCGGGCGAGCCGGGCGCGGGCGUGUCGCUUCUUUGCGAUCGAUGCGGAGCUGGGCGGGGAGACGGGGACGGGGAUUGCGUGGUUGAGGGCGGGGUUGGGGGAGGUCGGGGUGGAGAGGAAGGGGGGCGAGAGGAGUGGUGGUGGUGGUGGUGGUGGGGGGUUGAAGGGGUUGCGGAAGGAGUGGAGUGAGAGGAGGGAGGAUAAGAAGGUUGAGAGGGGCCUGGACUGGGGCGCGGAUGGAGGGCGGCUGGAGGAGACGAGGGUGCUUGAGAUGUUGGAGGCGAAGUGGGUGAAGCAGAACGAUACUAUGCUUACACAGCCGAUACCCCCUAUCGGACCGCUCCUCGCCCAAAUGCCAUCUGGGCGUGAGAUCCACUCUAUUAAGCCAUUCCAGCCACCAUUAUUGAGCCCCGAGACUCUCGAGGCGAUGAGGGCACCGCCGGAUAGGUCGGACGAGUUCGGCAACUAUCCUAGUUCGGACGAGGAAACAGCAAUUGGCUCGUCGACGUUUUCUGGGCGGCCAGCAGAGAAUAGGACAGGGACACCAGGUUAUUAUUAGCUCACAUCCCCCUGUGGACCGGGAUACGGGGGCGAGGUCGGGUUGUGUCGGGUAUGGAUAUCACCAUCCCUAUACUAAUAGGCUUGGAUGGAGAGAAGAAAGUUGGACGGCCAACAGACACAUAUUGUAUUAAACU